AGCUGCUCCCGGAUGGAUGACACAAUGACACGGCCUGCCGGCGCAACAUUGUCCAAAAACUGCGAGCGAAUGGUCUGUACCGAGGGCUAUGGGGCCAGGGUUUGCGCCGCCCAGCCAGUGACUUUACGAUCACGCUGUCGGUCCAGCUGGCCGCUCGCGCCCGCGCGCGCCGGCGGCACCGCUGUCGGUGCGAGUGCGAAAUGUGAACCUGAGCUGAGAUAGCCAGACAGGACGGACGGGGCAGGGCAGCGACAGAGCGCUGCACAGGCCUUCCAGACGAGUCACGGUGGUCGAGGAACACAUAUUUCCUCGUGGAGGAGUGAGUGCUGUGGUGGUGCUGAUGCUAGGAGUGCAAGUGGAGUGAGUUAGUAGCCUGCUGGCGCUUGUCCUCGUGACAAAGUAGUCAUGGUACACAUUUGCAACGCGUGCGGUCGAGAGUGCGUGUGGAUGUCUGACCUGGUGACGCACGUCCAGGCCGUGCACCACGGAGACAGGCAGUUCGAAUGCACCGUCUGUGGGAGAUCAUUUAGUCGGAGUGGGAAUCUGUCGAGGCAUCUCCGACUUCACACGGGGGAGAAACCCUUCCAGUGUACAGUCUGCAAGAAAAGCUUCGCGUACUGUAGUCACCUGAAGAGGCACCUGCUCAUUCACACUGGAGAGAAAUCUCUCAAAUGUACAAUCUGCAAUAAGAGUUUUGCCUUGCGUACGAGCCUCGUCUCUCACCUCUACACCCACACGGGAGACAAGCCUUUCCAGUGCCAAAUCUGUCCGAAACGCUUCCGUCAAGGUUCCAAUUUGAAGGUUCACGAGCGCAUGCACACAGGCGAAAAACCGUAUCAAUGUGCAAAGUGCAAGAAGAGUUUUGCAUGGAGAACUAAUCUAGUAUGUCACCUACGCCGUGUGCAUACCUGAGAGAAGCCCACUAACUACGUGCUUCUCCCCGAGUACGAUGGUGCGUCGGAAAAGGACAACACCAGCUACGUAUCGUGAGAGCCAGCGUAGAUGAAAAAAAAAGUUCGUGCCUAUAUGUAGUAGCAUAUAAAUAAAAAGUCAGCUUCUUUCCCUGA